UCAGGAUUCCGAAUAUGGUGAUGAUAAAUAAACAAAACUUCAGUGUAUAAAUCAUAUGUGUGAAUUAAAAGUUUGUAUCUAAUGAAAACCCAAUGACUGAUCAAUACAUACCGGAGUUAGUGAGCGGAAAAUGUGCAACGAGAGCGAGAGAAAUUAGCUGGCCGCCCAAUCGUUGUGUGUAUAUUUUGCAAAUUUGUCCUCCCUCUGCCGGGACCCACCGACAGUUAGUCCAGUGGAGUGACAAAUUGGUCCGAGGCAGUUUCAAAAAGGAAAAACUCAUACCGUCGACCACGACGCCGUACAACAGCGCAUAAAUUAUUGAUUGGGAUUCGAUCACACACGAGCGUUUUCUGGUGGAGACGAAUUUUUUUCAAAGAAAAAAAAACACGACAGCAGAAGGGGAUAAAACUGAGAUUUGUGCGUAGUGGUGCAGUGCAGCACAUUUGAGCGGCCAUAUCGGUGGAUAUCGGAAGCGAAAAAUAUUGUGUCCUGGUGCUCGGAACAUCGGACGGCUGGGCUGCGUGCGAUUGGGGCAAUCGAUCUCCAACGUGACGAAAAUUUCCCCAGUGAAUUAUUUUCGGAUUAUGCAGUAGAAGGGCAUUCAAAAGUGUGACAAAAGUUUUCCGGUGACAAGUUACAGGUGAGGUGUUUGGGAAAUUAAAGCUUCGGCAGAGAGCGCAUCAUCAAUAAUGAAGUGCAUCAGAAUAAACGACCCGAUGGUAACGAUGGCCUUGCUGCUGGCACUGUGGAUGAAUUUCGGCCUCACACUAGCGUUCGAUUCACAUCUGAGGGGUCCCUCUUUCGUCAUGGAACCACCACCGCGGCUCGAGUUCUCCAACUCGUCCGGCGGAUGGUUGGACUGUUCGGCCUCUGGCAGUCCCCAACCUACCAUCGAUUGGCUAUCGGUGGACGGAACGUCCGUCGGAGACGUCGGGGGAGUCCGACGAGUACUACGGAACGGCACUCUGGUGCUUCUGCCGUUUCCUGCAGCAGCCUUUCGGCAGGACAUCCACAACACAAUCUAUCGAUGCGUGGCGUCGAACACCGUGGGGCGCGUAAUCUCCCGAGAUGUACAAGUUCGAGCAGUGGUUGCUCAAGCGUACAAAGUCGACGUCGAAAUGCUGGCAGCGUCCCGCGGCUGUACCGCAAUUCUGCGUUGUGUAGUGCCUAAUUUUGUUAAGGAGCUAGUGCGGGUGGUGUCCUGGGUGCAGGAGCCGGCCUUCUACAUCUAUCCCUCGCUGCAGGGCGAUGGAAAAUAUCACCUGCUUCCCACAGGCGAGCUUCUGGUGCACAAUCUAGAGUAUAACGACCGGUAUCCGUCGUACCGGUGUAGGACGAUGCACAAACUAACGCGGCAGGUCGUCACCAGCAGUGCAGCGAAGAUCCGAAUGAACGAUCAACGCGGUAUUGUGUCUCCUAGUGUAGUAGAGCAUACGUCCCACGUUUCAGUGUCGCAAGAUGAAGGGGCUGUUUUGCUUUGUGUAGCGCAAGGCUGUCCAUCGCCUGAAUAUCGAUGGUACACCCACAACGGACCGGAACCGAUUCCCGUUUCGUCCGGACCGCGGAUACGACUGCUCGGGCCGGUACUAGCCAUCGAAGCUGUGACGACCGAGGACGGGGGUGUGUACAAGUGUUCCGCAUCGAAUGCCGGGGGUGAAGCCAGUGCCGAUUUGCGGCUAACAGUUUCGACGCCGAUCCACGUGGAGAUAUCUCCGAACGUGCUAAGUGUUCACAUGGGUGGAAUGGCCGAGUUUCGUUGUUUGGUCACGGCUAACGGGAUGACGGCCGGGCCACAGCACAUCACCUGGUUCAAGGAUGGCCGACAGCUGCCCAGCUCCGGGCGGGUGGGCGAUACGCUGCAAGUGACCGGCGUCACCAAGGAGGACAAGGGCAUGUACCAGUGCGUCGUUCGGCGGCAGGAGGGAGACUCGUUCCAAGCAUCCGCCGAACUGCAGCUUGGAGAUGCCCCUCCGUCGCUGGUGUACAGCUUUAUCGAGCAAACCCUUCAACCGGGGCCGGCCGUAUCGCUCAAGUGUUCCGCCCAGGGAAAUCCGACUCCGCAUAUCUCGUGGACGCUUGAUGGGUUUCCGCUGCCAACCAACGGAAGGUUCAUGAUUGGCCACUACGUAACGGUUCACGGAGACGUGAUAGCUCACGUGAACAUUAGCCACGUCAUGGUGGAGGAUGGUGGAGAAUACUCGUGCAUAGCGGAAAAUAGAGCCGGAAAAACAUCUCAUUCGGCACGAUUAAAUAUCUACGGAUUGCCAUACAUUCGUCUGAUACCCAAGGUGACUGCGGUGGCUGGCCAAACACUGUACCUAAAAUGCCCGGUUGCGGGCUAUCCCAUCGAGGAGAUCCAUUGGGAGCGGGGUGGGCGAGAACUGCCAGAAGAUAUGCGCCAAAAGGUGCAAACCGAUGGAACGCUGGAGAUCAAAGAGGUGCAAAAGUCCUUGGACUCGGGCGUGUACACUUGCUGGGCACGGAAUAAGCAGGGCCACAGUGCCAGACGGAGUGGUGAAGUUACAGUGAUAGUACCCCCGAAGCUGAAUCCCUUCCACUCUGCAAUCCUGUCGCUGAACGUUGGAGACCGUGCCUCGAUAACCUGCUCCGUCAUAAAGGGAGACAUCCCGCUCACCAUUAACUGGCGCAAAGAUGGCCGUCCAAUCGAUCCAAGCCAGCGAAUGUCCGUCACCCAAGUGGACCAGUACAACUCGAUCCUCGUCAUCGAGAACCUGUCCGCCGACCACACCGGAAACUAUUCCUGCGUCGUGCGCAACACAGCGUCCGAAACCGAGGGCAGCCAGUCUCUGCUCGUGAACGUACCACCUCGUUGGAUUGUUGAACCGAUCGACGUGAGUGUGGAACGAAACCGCCACAUUACGCUGCACUGCCAAGCCCAGGGAGUUCCCACACCAACCAUCCAAUGGAAGAAAGCAACAGGAAGCAAAUCGGGCGAUUACGAAGAGGUUAGGGAGAGAGCGUAUACGAAGCUGCUAACGAACGGCUCCCUGCUGCUACAGCAUGUCAAGGAAGAUCGAGAGGGAUUCUAUCUCUGCCAGGCACACAAUGGAAUUGGAACUGGAAUUGGGAAGGUUAUUCAACUGAAAGUGAACUCUUCACCCUAUUUCUCGGGUCAAUCAAAAAUGGUAACGGUCAAGAAGGGUGAUACGGCGAUCAUGCAGUGCGAAGUAAAAGGCGACAAACCAAUCAACGUGGUCUGGCUGCGAAAUGGCAAAGUUGAACUGAAUCCAUCCAACAACUACCGAGUAUCCAUCAAGCAAGAUGCCACGCCAGAAGGCAUACAUGCCGAGGUUCAGAUAUCCAGCGUUGAAAGCGGCGACAGUGGCGCUUAUUUCUGCCAGGCCAGCAACUUGUAUGGUCGAGAUCAGCAGCUGGUGCAGCUCCAAGUCCAGGAGCCACCGCAACCACCAUCCUCUCUGGAAACAACGAUGAUCUCCAGUCGAUCAGUAAACUUGAAGUGGCAUCCGCGAGGAGGUGAUGCUGCCGAAGUGACCAAAUACAUUGUGGAAUAUCGCGAAAUCGAUCGCCAAUGGAUGUACAUGGAACUUGACCCACCGAAAUACGCAGCCAGUAUCGAAAACUUAAAACCAGCCACCAACUACGUAUUCAGGGUCAUAGCUGAGGGACCUGCUGGCCGCAGUGCACCAAGUCAAGAGCUUUUCAUCAAAACCGAACCUCAACGACCAGCCGGAGCACCAUUGAAUCUCUCAGCUAGACCAAUAUCAUCAACGGAAAUUCUUAUCAAUUGGAUGCCGCCAACCUACGAGCUUAGACAUGGUGAAAUUCAAGGAUACAGUAUUGGUUUUCGAUCGAUGCACACUAAUUCUAAUAGCUAUAACUACACCUCUGUAUCAGGGGAUGGCGAGGAUGGUACUGGAGAAUUAUUGCUGGGAAACUUAGCCAAAUAUACUCGUUACACGAUUGUUGCUUCGGCAUUCAACCAAGUUGGAUCUGGACCCCAGUCGGAACCUGUAACUGCCCAAACAAUGGAGGACGUACCUAGUAAGCCACCUGAGGACAUUCGAUGUUCGUCAACUAGCUCCACAUCCAUAAAAGUGUCCUGGCAGCCACCACCUCAACAACAUAUGAAUGGUCUACUACAGGGGUACACGGUGUUCUACGAGUCGGUUUCCGAAGAAUCAAUUAGUAAUGGCGAUAUGGAAACACGCAAGACAAGUUCCCUAAUAGCGUCGCUUACCAGUUUACGCAAGUUCUCCAAUUACAGUGUUCAAGUACUCGCAUAUACCCGAAUGGGCGACGGCGUAAUAUCACCUCCCGUCUUCUGUCAAACUGAUGAAGAUGCCCCGGAGGCUCCCUCGGACAUCAAAAUAGCGAUCAGCUCGCCAUCCUCUCUGUACGUAUCAUGGCUGCCACCUAACGAACCAAACGGAAUCAUCACACGGUACAACCUUUACAUGCGCGCCGUCAACGGCCGCGAAGAAAUCAGCAAUGACAAACGAAACCUACUGCCCCAUCAGCACUAUUUUGAAGCGAAACAACUACAAGGCCACACCGAAUAUCAGUUCUGGGUGUCGGCUUCGACGAGCAUUGGCGAAGGCAAAAGCACUCGAGUGGUCUCACAAAUGACUUCCGGUCGAAUACCGGCAAAAAUAGUCUCUUUCGGAGGACUGACAAUCAGACCAUGGAAAACAUCGGCCUCGCUCAAUUGUAUGGCAGUUGGACAACCGCGUCGGGAGUGGUUUAAAGGAGACGUCCUAUUGCGAUCAGGUUCUCAUCACAACAUCCAGAUUUUGGAUUCAGGGGAAAUUAUCAUCACUAUGCUACAAUCUGCCGACACCGGGAAUUACACAUGUCAAGUAGACAACGGGAUAGGAACUGACCGACUGACGCACAAUCUGCUAGUUCAAGUUCCUCCUGGACCACCGGUCCUGUACGUAACCAGUGCUACCUCUAGCAGCAUUUUACUGCAUUGGAAAAUUGGCUCAACCGGAAAUGCACCAAUCACAGCGUUCUCAUUACAUUACCGAAGGGUGCACGGAAACCUCGAAGAGAUGCAAAUUUCCCGACAUGCUCAAAGCCACGAACUCAAAGGACUGUUUUGCGGAACUACCUAUCAGAUUUAUUUGAUAGCCCACAACAAAAUCGGCUCAUCACCCGCCAGUACCACACUAAAUCUACGAACCCAAGGACAAGCCCCCGGCACCCCGACGGCAGCUGUCCUAGUAGCUCCGAACUCUACAUCGGUUGUUCUGCGACUGAACGCCUGGCCAGAUAACGGUUGCCCGAUUCUGUACUUUGUGGUGCAGUAUCGGUCGAUGGCAAACAGUCUGGAUGACGAGUGGCAUCUGGCGUCCAAUGCACUGAAAAUGCAACGACGAUACACGGUUGCAGGUCUGCUGCCUGCAACGUUGUACCAGCUGAAGGUCGAGGCCCAUAAUGUGGCCGGUUCGACGACUGCGGAGUACAACUUCGUGACGCUAACGAAAGAUGGAGAUCCUCCACCGCCGGACCUACUGCAUCGCGGUCAUCGCUCCCAAGUAUUCUACAGCAACAUACAACUGCUGAUACCAAUCAUCAUCACCAUCACGGCAACCAUUAUCUGCAUUGCGUUCACGGUAGUUUGCUACAAAUAUCGCCAACGUGGUCGGGAGCGGAAGGACACGAUGGAAGGCAACCAACAGAGUACGGACGCCCAGCGGGACCGAUAUUACGCUACUAUUCAUAAGGUGGCACUGCAAGCUGGCGACAAGAUACCAGAAACUUCCGAGGACAUAUCCCCGUACGCAACUUUUCAGCUCUCGGAAGCAAGCACCCUGGCUCAGCCUCAUCACAGCGGACCGGCCAAUACGCUACUGCACUCCUUCAUGUACCACGAACGUGCCAUGACCGAGGGAUGCGCUUCACCUCCUCCCGCAGCGGUACUAAGACAGCUUCAUAAUCAAUCGCCUUACUACAAUAUUAAUUCAUCGAAAGGUCGUCGAAGACAUUCGCGUAAGACGGAGCCUGAAAGUGAAGAGUCAGACUCCGAUCAGGACCAGCUAACGUCCAGUCGGACAGAGUCUUCGAAUCAGCUAGACGCCAAGAUCAAGCAUAGUAAGGAAGACCUUCUACAACCAGCCGCCUGUGGGGAUGAUGAGCUCGUCUAUAACCAGCAUUUCAUGCGUUCCAUUCCAGGUCUCAUCUAUCAUGGCACGCAAUCGAGCACCUCAUCCGACCUGUCACCGAUGUCUGAACAAAAAUCACUACCUCGUCGUGGCAGAUCAAGGGGAACAAUGAGAUCCUUACUUACACCACUACAUUUACCCGACAAUACACCGGGAGGCGGUGGCGGUCCGCUGUUCCACCAGGUGCCGAUCGAGAGUGGCACGCCGGACCGGCUGGAGCUGUCGGAGGCGGAGUGCGACAUCGACACGAUCAAGAAGCUGAAAUUGGGUAUGCGAUCGUCUCUGUGGUCCCGACCCCAGCAAAGCCAUAGUGUGGCGGCGGUGAACGCAGCCGCCAGCGGUGCCAGCGGGGGACCUGGCGGCGGAGGCAACGUCAGCACGACGCAAACCCCCGGCGGACAUCCGUCCGAUUACUCCAUCGCGGUUUAGAAGUUGCACGCCUACACCAGAUUCCUAAGGACAACCUUCACCGCGCAACAGUACUUGAAGACCAUCUAUGCAGGAUUUUUACGGAUACUUUUUUAACUCGGUAUCAGCUCGGAGAUCAGACAAAGGUUUUAUAAGGCCAUCUCUGUAGGUUAAGUUGCCGGUACUAACUAUCAGGCUGACUAAUGCAACACAUUUUAAGACACGAGGGUAAUGUUCCAAAUUUUACAAUCUGCUUUACGUAAUAGUGACCAGUGACUAGCGGGGAUGAAGGAAAAUUGAUUUUUUAUUUCAAAUGGCAUUGUGAGCGAAACUAUUAUAAAAUUUGAAUACUGUGUCUCAAACUCAAACGUCAAUUUAGUUUUAUUUUUGAGAACUUAAGUUAAACGGACUAACAUUGUUGGCACUUGGUUUCCUUGGUUUCCACUUGCAACUUCUAGCAUCGCAAGCCAAAAAAAA